AGUUACCAUCACCUGAUGCCAGCAUGAAAAUUCAUCACUUUCUCACACUUCUAUGCACAUUCCUUCCCUUAACCACCACUGCACUUACUAACUCAACUCCACUGUCACUAUUAGGACCAUGCUACAAGCGUUGUGUCACAAAAUUUGGUGAAACCAAGGAACAACUCACAAAUGCAGAAACCAUUUCCCUCGAAUACGAUGUUUCGAAUAACACGGAGUUUUCAUUGUGCAAGCUGGGAUGCAACAGCCACGAAUACACCGAUCUGAAUCUGGCAGCUUUCCGCUACGGACAGCUGGCAUACCAGAAAAUCCUCACCACAGUCGAAGAUGUACCAACCCGCGGAACUGUUCUGAAUGAUGUGUUCAUUGUGUGUCUGGAUACUUCAUUUAUGCCGUCCAACAACUCAGCACCGUCCGCCAAACGUCUUCUAUCCGGCACAGUUCUUCUCGUUCUUGAUGAAGAUGUUGCCAAAGCGGAUAAUGUGUUUCUUAUAGAAGUACUUGCUCGAAAUGCAGACAAAUCUGCUGUUCAGGUGAUAAGCCAACAAUGGUGCUACUCAUCCAACUGCAAUAUCACCUUCAACGCUCCAACAGAAGUUUCUAGUUUUGACGUCCGUCUCCGCGUGUCCACGUUUGAUAGCAAUGGUCAAGUCGGCGGCAUCAAUUUUUCUAAAUGGCACAAUAUCAAUCAGAUUCUGACAAAAACUUUUGUCGACAUGUCGCUGAAAUCGGUUGUAUGGAAAGCUGAAAAGGCUGCCGCAAACUUUGUUUUCAAUUUGACUGCAAGUGACCAUGUUCCAGCUUGCUCUCUUCAAAUGAUCUAUCGAAGUUCUCUCAGUUCAGAGCUUUUGCAUAGAAACUUUUAUUUGGAUCACACUCUUGAAGUUUUUGUCAACAACUUAGAUUUCGACAAGAUCUACACAAUGCAACUUGCUCCUUCCGGUACCCACGAUCGCUCAACACCUUCACUUGCAUCGGCAGUUAUUGAGAUCCCGCCAUGUAGACAUUUAGUGGAUGACUACAGUAUGUGUGCACCGCCGCCUGUCUCAUCACUAAGUUACAAUUGGAACUUAUCUCCUACUAGUGAAUAUGAGCUUCUUAUUAAAUGGAAGCUCUUGAAUUACAUGGACGGCCUGAACGUUACAGAAGAGCUCUCAAUUCCAGUGGCAUAUUUCUUGUUGAACGCCCAUCCUUUGAUAACCGCCAACAAUGAGCAAUGUGAAAAGUAUGAGAAGAUUCGUCGUGUUGUGAGCUAUGGGCUUCGUGAGCUAGUUUUUCAUGUCCCGGAUACAGAUUGCAACUAUGAAGUCGAAAUGACAGCAGUUGAUACAAAUCAGCGAAUCAGCGAAGUCAAAAAAAUUCAGGUUUUCCGGUUUAAUGUUCCUCCUUAUGUGUCUUUCCUGCAAGCGUCUGACAUUCCAACAUCGGUGGAACUUAUGGCAGUGGUCCUCGCUACAAGUGCAAUCUUUGCUCUUAUUGCUUUGUUUCUUUUGUACAGAAAAAGGAAGAGAGAUAAGAAGGCGAGAUUCCAAAUGUACAAAGAUGCAGAGGCAGGAGUCUCUUAUGAUUAUGUUGCUACAACUGAAUCAUUGGGAAGCGUCGUACAAAUUCGGAGCACCAAUUUUCGAUUCGAACCAGUAGAGAACAUUGAUGGAAAUAUUGAAGCAGCGCUUGCCCAACAACAGAAAUUCGAAGGAGGAACAAUGAAUAGCAUGUUUCGAACUUAUUACAACCUCGAUCACCCAGUAAAAGUACCAGCUCACAUGGCUGAAGCAAGUUCAGAUGAAGACAAUGGAUAUGAAAACAUUAGAUAUUCGUACUUUGGAUCGGAAUUGAGUGAUGACGUGUUUGAGGAGGACAUCUACAUGACACAUAAAAGUUUGUCAAUCUAUUGUCAAGACUCCCCUCUGACGACUCCGAUGGCUCCGAUUGCACCAUAUGAACAUUUUGACGACAUUCCUUCUCAUCAGUACAGAAACUUCCAAGUUCACAAUUUCAAUGAGAGAAUUGAAAAACAGGCAUACUGGUUAAUGGCGACUGUUGUCGAUGUGGUCCGAAGAGAACUCUAUUCAUUGAAAGUCCCGAAAGAUUACACUCCAGAAACAAUUUCUGCAAUGAGAAAAGAACUGGAAUUCCUCAGAACACUUGCUCCGCAUGGAAAUUGUCGUCGUUUUGAAGGAGUCGUUAUUGGAAGAUGGGACGACUUGCCACGUCAAGUGAUUGGAAUUCUUAUUGAGAACACUCGUGGUGGAACUCUUCGAAAUUACAUUGCCGCUGUUGGUUCAGUGUUCCGGAACUGUUCUCUAGCCACUGACCAUGAUUCUUUUGCCAGUCAGCAGGACAUGAAUUCUACUCAACAUCCUUUUGAUAAACUCUCUACUGAAGCUGACGAGAAUAACUCUAAGAAGGUGAAGAUCCAAGAAAUCACUGAUAGCUUGUCCAUUCGGUUCUGCCAGUUCGCUGAGCAAGUGUCUUCAGCACUAGAACAUCUUCACAGUGCAGGAUCUGUUCAUACAAGAGUGACAACUCUCAACAUUUAUCUUCUUCACAAUUACUCGGAUCCAUUUGACAUGCUUCCCGAUCAGGUUGUCAAAUUGGGCAAUUUCGGGUUUGCAGUUCAAAACUCUGAGGACGUUGUACUUGACGACAAUCUCCAGCCACCAGAAGUAAUUAAAGGAGAAAAAUAUGAAGCGAGAGGGGAUAUUUGGCAGUUUGGACUGUGUCUAGCCGAGAUGUGCAGCUUAGGAGAUCUUGAGCAGUCGGAAGUUGGCACUUUGAAGUCCGGACAUGAUACAUUCAAGAAUUUACCAUCCACCCAAGUUCUUCGUGACGCAGCAAAACGGUGUCUCAGUGCACGCACUCGUCCAUCAGCUUCUGACCUUUGCGGAGUGUUCAAAUCAGUCAAUGUCGCUGCCACGGUUUAGAUGAAUACACCCCAACCAUUCCCUUUGUAAUCAAUAAUACAUAAAAUCAUUGGAUCCAGAUUAUUGUUAAUAAGUUGAUAACUAAUCAGUUUUCACCGUAACAUUUCCAAUAAACCCACAUUCAGAUUACUCAACCAUCCCUAUAACAGUCACCUUUUCCCACGAAUUACCCCUCCCUCCACCCACAUUGUUCUUGUCGAGUAUAUAUUGAUAUAUUCAUUUUUUUUUACCAAUGAUAUCAUUAUCCAUUUUUCUCACUCAUUUGUGUUUGUAUAGUUUAUCAUUUUUGUUCCAUUCAAAACAUAUGAUCUUAAAUGUGACUUCGAAACUUUUCUGAUCUCACUCUCAAUUUUUUUUUGUUGUUCCCAACCUCUAGACUAUCCUGUGAAUAUGUAUGUUUAAAAAACGUGUCAACCCUCUCUCCGUCCCGUUUAAUUUCAUUUUUUUAUCAUUGAUUUUUUAUAAAAGUUGAAAUUUUG